GCUUCUUUUUGACGUCAUUUUCGGCUACGAUGCAAAAAUCUUUAUUUUUUCAUAUCAGAAAGCUUUUGGUAAAGGAAGUAGCUGGCUAAUACAACGGGCAAUAAUUAUCCACUGAUCAACAAGUAACGGAGGAUGAACCUGGAUCCUGGUUGGCUGCUGCUCCUGUCCAUCUCUCUGGAGGUUUGGUCAGUGCCCCUCGACCGCAAUGCAACCCCCCAGGAAGCACAGCCUCCCCAGGAGGUCAAACAGGAGGAUAAUGUGGACACAGGCCUAUACUAUGACCGGUAUUUGAGAGAGGUGAUUGAGGUGCUGGAGACAGACCCCCACUUCAGAGAGAAACUCCAGACUGCCAACACAGAGGACAUCAAGAAUGGUCGUCUCAGUAAGGAGCUGGACCUCGUGGGGCACCAUGUUAGAACUCGUCUGGAUGAGCUGAAGAGACAGGAGGUGUCUCGCCUCAGGAUGCUGCUCAAAGCCAAACUGGACAGCACCAACACACAGAGUUUACAGAUGGACCAUGCCUCUCUGUUGAAGCAGUUUGAACACCUGGAUCCACACAAUCAGAACACCUUUGAGGCCAAAGACCUUGAGCUGCUCAUCUCAACGGCCACUAAAGACCUAGAGAACUACGAUGCAGAGAGACAUGACGAGUUCAAACGCUAUGAGAUGCUGAAGGAGCACGAGAGACGGGAGUACCUCAAGGGGCUAGACCAGGAGAAGAGAGAGAAGGAGGAGAAGAGGAUGGAGGAGCUGAAGGAGAAACACCGCAAGCAUCCCAAGGUCAACGCUCCGGGCAGUGUAGCGCAACUGCGUGAGGUGUGGGAGGAGACUGAUGGACUGGACCCAACAGAGUUUAACCCAAAGACCUUCUUCAAACUGCAUGAUACGAAUGGAGAUGGUGUUUUAGAUGAGAAGGAACUAGAGGCCCUCUUCGCCAAAGAGCUGGAGAAGGUCUACGACCCAAAGAAUGAGGAGGAUGAUAUGAUGGAGAUGGAGGAAGAGAGGCUGAGGAUGAGGGAGCAUGUCAUGAAGAACGUGGACAUGAAUGAAGAUCGACUCGUCAGCCUGGAAGAGUUCCUUAAAUCAACAGACAAGAAAGAGUUCAACAGCCCUAAAGAAUGGGAUACUUUAGACGACACCAAGCCGGUGUUCACAGAGGCUGAGCUCCAGCGGUUUGAGGCGGAGCUGCGGACCAAGGAGGAGGAGCUGGGAAGGAGGGUGGAGUCUCUUCGUCAGGAGCAGGAUCUGCUGAAGGAGAGGGGCAAGGCCCUGGAAGCCCAGAGACGAGAGUACCAACAGGCAGUACUAGAGAUGUCUCAGAGGAAGGAGAAACAGGCAGUGGAGGGGCAGCCUCCUACGGGUCCUAACGGAGAACUACAGUUCCACCAAGAGAUGCAGAAACUGGAAGAUCAAGGUGCUAAAGCUCCUGUUGAACAAGAAGUCCAAGAGGCCCAGAAUAACCUACCUGCAGAACCACCACAGAACCUGCCCAUACACACCUAAUACAGCACUCUGAUACACAUAGGGUUGCAAAGGGAGGGUAUGUUACUGGAAACUUUCUAAGUUUACCAGUAAACUACCAGAAUUUUGGUAACUUU